AUGCUUCAAGAAGAAAUUGAGGAUGCAAUUGAAGAUAAUAAACCAUUUGAAUUUGAAUGGUUUCUUAUUAUAACAAAAGUUUAUAAAGGAGUUGAAUCUAUGGCAGAUAAAGAAUUGGAAGAGGAACAACAAAUAGGAAAAAGAAAGAAGACUAAAUUGGUAUAUAUUAUAUUUAGAUUCAGAGGGAUUUUAACAUAUAUUAAAAAUAUUUAA